CAGACAGCGGAAGGACUUCAGCAGCAGCCACCUGGCCUAUGGCAUCCUGGACCGCCCACCGUGGUACCUCUGCAUCUUCCUGGGGAUCCAGCACUUCCUCACAGCCCUGGGCGGCCUCGUGGCCGUGCCGCUCAUCCUGGCCAAGGACCUGUGCCUGCAGCAUGACCCCCUGACCCAAAGCUACCUCAUCAGCACCAUUUUCUUCGUCUCAGGCAUCUGCACCCUCUUGCAAGUGCUUUUAGGGGUCAGGCUGCCCAUUCUUCAAGGAGGGACCUUCGCCUUCGUGGCCCCCUCUCUGGCCAUGCUCUCCCUUCCUGCCUGGAAAUGCCCAGAGUGGACUCUCAAUGCCAGCCUGGUGAACACCAGCUCUCCCGAAUUCACCGAGGAGUGGCAGAAGAGGAUCCGAGAGUUGCAGGGCGCUGUCAUGGUGGCUUCCUGCAUCCAGAUGCUGGUGGGUUUCUCGGGCCUCAUCGGCUACCUCAUGCGUUUCAUUGGCCCCUUGACCAUCGCUCCAACCAUUUCCCUCGUGGCCCUGCCUCUCUUCGAUUCUGCUAGCAAUGAUGCCGGAACCCACUGGGGGAUUUCUGCCCUGACCAUCUUCCUCAUCGUGCUCUUUUCUCAGUACCUCAAAAACGUCAUGGUUCCUGUGCCCGUUUAUGGAGGAGGGAAGAGGUGUCACAUCUCCAAGUUCAACCUGUUUCAGGUCUUCCCUGUGCUGCUAGCUCUGUGCCUCUCGUGGCUCUUUUGCUUCGUGCUCACUGUUACCAACACCUUCCCCGAGUCCCCCACGGCCUAUGGAUACAUGGCCCGCACAGACACCAAAGGCAGCGUUCUGAGCCAGGCCCCCUGGUUCCGCUUCCCUUACCCAGGACAGUGGGGCCUCCCCACCAUCAGCCUGGCUGGAGUCUUCGGAAUCAUCGCCGGAGUGAUCUCCUCCAUGGUGGAGUGUGGGGAUUAUCACGCCUGCGCCGGGCUGGUUGGGGCCCCCCCGGGGCACGCCAUCAACCGUGGUAUUGGCAUCGAGGGCCUUGGCUGCCUGUUGGCAGGGGCCUGGGGAACUGGGAACGGUACCACGUCCUACAGCGAGAACGUCGGGGCGCUGGGCAUCACCAGGGUCGGGAGCAGGAUGGUGAUUGUCGCUGCGGGCUGUGUGCUGCUCCUGAUGGGCAUGUUCGGAAAGAUCGGGGCGGCUUUUGCCACCAUCCCUACCCCCGUGAUCGGAGGCAUGUUCCUUGUCAUGUUCGGAAUCAUCAGCGCCGUGGGGAUCUCCAACCUGCAGUAUGUGGACAUGAAUUCAUCUAGGAACCUCUUCGUGUUUGGCUUCUCCAUCUUCUGUGGGCUCGCCGUCCCUAACUGGGUGAACAAGAACCCUGAGAAGCUGCAGACAGGAAUUCUCCAGCUGGACCAGGUCAUCCAAGUGCUCCUGACCACAGGCAUGUUCGUUGGUGGGUUUCUGGGCUUUGUCUUGGACAACACCAUACCUGGCAGCCUGGAGGAGAGAGGCCUUUUGGCAUGGAGUGAAAUCCACGAAGAUUCUGAGGAGACUCCAAAGGCCUCAAAAGUCUAUGGCCUUCCCUGGGGGAUUGGCACCAAGUUCUGCACAUCCUCAUGUACCCGAAUCCUCCCCUUCUGGCCCAGGAUAGACCACCAUGGAGAUGAGGUGGGAGCGAGCCAGCUCACUCUAUGUUCCCAGACCUCCUCUGGAAAGCACCCAUCAGAAACCAAGAUGUGAAUGGAGUGGCCCCACCCCAUCUCCUCAUAGCCAAACCCUGGCCUGCAAAAUGCAAAACUCUCUGUUCACAAAUAGUCACUCAAGAGUCCUUCCCAGGACCUUCCACACCUGGGUACCGUGGUGAGCACACAGCGUUGAUGAAGACCAUGAUCAGUAUGGAGCUGGCCUCAGGGCAUCCUUCUGCUGUCUCAUGGCUCCAGAGUGGACGAUGGGUCUGGGGUCUCCACAGAAGCCUGCUCAGCAAUAUUUUGGUGGAUCAGGAGGAAGAGGCACAUUGUGAGACAAGGGCAGGCUUUUUGCUGAAAGGUGAUGAGGCCAGGCAGCCUGUAAUCCCAGCCAACCAAGAGGCUUCCCAGGAGGGCCAUAGACUCAUUAGUGCUACAAACGGACUUUAGGGCUAGCUGGGUAACUUUGCAAGAUCCUGUCUCAAAAUAAAAAAAGCAAGCUAGGGGUGCUAGAGAGAUGGCUCAGUGGUUAAGA